AUGGCCGUACACGAUACGGUGCCGGGCCUGGGCGUCUCCCGUGAAUGGACGCCCAAACCAUGGAUGAUGGAAAAAAAGAUAGUGCCCAAAGGGCCGCUGUCUGGUGGUCGCCAGGGCGCGUCUGGAGCUGGCGCUGGACGCGAGAGCAUGCGGGCCGCCAGCCAAGCGCGGGGUGCUGCAAGACCACCUAGCAGCCCCCCACAUCCAUCAUCCCCACCAGAAGGCUUGGUGUCGGCUGGGUCUUUUCGGGCUCAGCAAGUGGCACCCGCCGCUGGUGGAGCACGUCGUAUGCUUUGGUCACAAUUAAUGAACCCAAACGCACUGCGGGCGUACUUUAGGGCAAAAGGGGAAGAAACUGGAUGUUUGGCGUAUCGGGCUCGGAUGCAUCGCUUUUUUGCAGAGCUGGAGCCAUCUCUAUCCGUCACUGAGCAAAACCUGGCAGACCGAGUUCGGUACAUCCUGCGCUCCAACAUAUUUGGUGACGCCAAACUCGAACGACUACGACGUGAGGCUGUUCCCUCAUCGAAUGGAAAUGCUACGGCUGGGAAUGCAGCGCCACUGGAUGCCCAGCAAAUUGCAUAUGUGGAUGCUGCCGACAAUAUUCCAUUUGUGGUUAAUUCAGACGAAGGUGGAAUGGUCUCCCACGAACUAGAGAAAAUGAGGAGCGUAUUGGAAGAGUCGAUGCUGGAAACGCGCAGUAUGCCUCUCGAAAAUUGA